AAUUCUACUCCAACUCUAUGUUUCCAGUCUGGCGAAGAUCGUAUCGCCAAACCAAAUUCGAUAUCAACCGAAGGACAGCACGAACAAAGCAGUGUCUGCAGUGAUGCUGAGAAAGAUCCUGGUGUGCCUGUCCUUGAGGGUUGGCCUCUUGGUUCUACUGUGUUUGCCCUCUGCCUAGCGCUUCUUCUGGCAACACUGGACACGACUAUCAUAUCUACCUCACUGAUCACGAUCGCUUCAGAUUUAGGUCACUUCGACCAAGCAAGCUGGAUUCUGGUGUCGUAUCUACUGACGUACUCUGGAUUUCUCCUGAUAUUCACCCGACUGAGUGAUGUUCUGGGUAGGAAGUCCAUGCUGCUGUUUUCCAUAGUAAUGUUUCUGGUUUGGUCUAUCGGUUGUGGCUUCUCUCAGACACUCAAACAGCUCAUCGUUUUUCGUGCUCUACAAGGUAUAGGUGGGGCUGGAAUCUAUGCCCUUGCGUAUGCAUCAGUCCUGGAUGUGGUACCGUUUAGGCUUGUCAGUGCAGCGUCGGGCGCCAUCUCUAUGAGCACCGCUUGUGCGAGUCUCUUAGGGCCUGUUCUCGGUGGUGUCAUCACAUCCAAUACUACUUGGAGGUGGGUCUUCUGGAUUAAUAUUCCAUGCGGAGUUCUGGUGACCGUCUGUGUGGCUUUUCUGUUUCCAAACAGAACUGGGACGAGGACUCUCAAGAAGGCGACAUUCCAGAAAAUCGACUGGCCUGGCAUCUUUCUCUCUUUGGCCGGAUCAUCUCUUUUGGUCAUAUCCCUUGAACAAGGCGGUGUUCAAUUCUCCUGGCGAAGCUUGUUUAUCGUUCUGAUGUUAGUCGGCUCAAGCCUAUGCUUCAUCAGCUUUGGUGCCUGGGAAUAUGUCUUGACUCCUAGAGAAGCAAGAAUGAAGAUGAUGCCCCUCUUUCCAACAAGGCUGGUCUCAAGCAGAGUUGUUGCAGCAACCCUCGGGACCGUUUUCUUCACUGGAUUUCCUUUCGUGGUUACAAUCAUGUCUCUGCCUCAACGCUUCCAGAUUGUUAACGGCGACACUCCAGAAAGUGCCGGCCUCCACAUGCUCCCGCUCAUUGGCGCCACCGCAUUAGGUGCAAUGCUGACAGGAACCAUCACUGGCAAAUUCAAUAUCGCUUGGCACCUGCUGGUGUUUUCGAACAUCCUCAUAACCAUUGGUUGUGGGCUUAUGUCGACUCUGCCUGUGGGACGAGGUAUUGCAAAAAUCUGUUACUUGUAUCAACUUGUUCUAGGCUUUGGGUUUGGCCUCACUAUGGCCAGUUCGAUGGUCGUCAUCCGCACCGAAGUUGCUCUGAAAGACAACACCGUUUCUCUAGGUGCGGUCACACAGAUGCGCCAACUUGGUGGUGUCAUUGGUCUUGCUGUGACUCAGGCCAUUUUGAACAGCGAUUUCAAAUCGCAAUUAGCCAAAUUUCUUUCGACUGAAGAGCUAAAAGCAGUACUACUGUCAACAGAGAACAUCAAGAGCCUCAGUAUUGCUCACAGAGAUAUGACAUGCCGCGCAUACGGAAGUUCUGCGAAUUCGCAAAUGCGCGUAGUCACGGCGUUUGCAGGUGCUGCCAUCUUGACGAGCAUCUUCGCGUGGCAAAAAGCUCCUCGGGAUCGUAAAGCUCUCGAGGCGGAGCGGGUCGCACUCCAGAAGGGCCAAUCCACAUCAGAAGAGGUUUACACUAGCUCUGUGGUCUUGCUAGACUCCCUGCACCUGGGUAUCGCCAGUGAUGCGAUGAGCAACACAAGGCCUUCUCUGAUCCAACGUCGAAGCUCGGCUGAGAUACCAGAAAGUUCUACAAAGUCUAGUCAGUUGCUGCCGAGUGACACGAUUGAGGCU